AACAAGCGGGUUUUGCUUGUGUCGGUUUGUUCGCAGGAUUAUCGGAAAAUAAAUAUUUCUCAUGUUAUUUGUGUUCCGGUAUAAUUACUCUUAUUAGACCACAGUAUUAGGUUUUAUGUGUAGUCAUUAGAGCUCUUAUUGUUUAGAUAUGUGUAUUAUUAUGCCAAAUUACGAGUGACAGAUGUUUUCGGAUUAGAGCGCCACUUUUCGACUGAGUUUUUAGAUAAUUUUAUUUGAAACAUGGAAGAUAUAAAUAAAACUAACGCUGAGAUGGAGUGCAGUGUUUCUGAACCAGCUCCAAAAACAUCACCGCCUGAGGAAUCCACCCCCACGAAGGAUGUGUUGAAGGUCACACAACCGCAGUGCAGCCCCGACUAUGACCUGCUAGACGAAGCGGAGAUGGAUGUCAACUCCGGUCAAAGUGACGAGGCAUCGAAUGACGCGAAUGCUGCCAGAGCCGCGUCGGCACAAAAGAGUGAAGCUUCAGCCAAAAGAAAAUUAAGUGGCGAACCAACCGACAGCAGUGCGAAAAUUCAGAAACUUGACCAUGUUGAGCCUGAUUCCACGCAAACCCUGGACGACGAAGUCUCGGAGAUAAUCGGAGCUUCCAAACGCUUUGACACCCUUGACGACCCCGUACCAUCCGUCUCUAGAGUCCGCACUCCAGCACGAUCUAGUCCCCGUAGGCUUGCCAAACGAAGCAACAGCGCAGAUUUAGAUAAACUUAAAACACCAAAGACUCCCAAAAGUCGACCCGCCAGCGCAGACAUUACCAAAUCCCGCAAAACACCGCGUAAAGUACAACUAGAUAAACUAAAACCUGACCCCAUUGCCGAGGAAGAUGUCGCUAGCACUUCCAAAUCCAGACCAAGCGUAGAGUUCGUGGCUGAAAUAGAACCCCCAAAAGUUACAGAAAUCAAUACCGAAAACUCUGACCUCAAUGACUCGCAAGAUUUCCAACUUGUCUUGUCACCAUCGCCUGUAGAGGAUGUUGAAGAAGAGAAAACAGAAGAAAAAACUAAAGAACCUAAUUAUAGCAGUGACCCAGUGGUAGUCAAAGAUCGGAAGGAGAUUCUCGACCCAGGGAAGAUUCACGAAACUCGAAGCGAAGGCUACACCUUUUCCGAUCAAAACAGCAACCUAUCCCAACCGCUACCGAAGGACUUCAAAGAGAAAGCUACCGAUCAAGAGAGCACUGACAGCAUUGGUUCUUUGAUCUUAGAGAGUCCAGACCACAUUCCGACCGUGGCUUCAAAGUUGAUCUCAAAACUUUCCAAUGGAGACUCAUCCACUCCUACCGAAUCGUCAGCUCAAGGAAAACAUGGAUUGCCAGAAAACAGCGACAGUACUCCUGAUAUGAUCAAAUUGAACGGCAGCAAAUCGAAACGAAAGAACGAAUCUUUCAAAAACAGCAACUCAACAACGCCAUCUACUAUUUCUCCGUUACAAAACGGCCACUCAUUGCCGGCCAGUACUCCUCAGAUUCCAGUGUUCGACAUUCACGUAAGCCAUAAUGAGGACUGCGAGUUCUUAUCGCUGUAUGUCGUGAGAAUUGACAACGAUCUCAGCAUGGACAUGUACAAGGAGUACCAAAGAGUUUCCAAAAGGUUCACAAUGGAUGGAUAUCAAGCUGAUGUGUCAGCCACCAACUCUACCUCUAGCGUCACCAGCGGAGCCAUGAUCUCUCUGCCGAACAGGGCUUCGUUUUCUUCAACCAUCAGCUCCUUAUCCACAUUGAGUAGUCGAACGAGCGACGGCAAUUUCCUAGUGCCACAAGCCCCUCGUAAAUCAGUCACGAACCCAUCUACAACGGUUAAAGGGUAUGAUGCGUUGUUGAAGAAAUUGCAAGAGAUAUUCUCACAUGUUCGGGAUACGUCAGACGAGGCAAACAGGUCAAUUUCCGAUGACAAGGUCUCAGUGGGCAUUCAGACUGCACUGUCCAGUGACUCCACCUUAAGCAAUGGCAAUGCCAGCCCGGAAGAAGUAGGGAAAUGCGAUAAGGCAACUCCGAAGAGUUCGCUCAAGAAAUCCCGAGUGCGAGGUCGACGGCAUAUUGCUACUAAGACCAAGCGGGCUCUGUUGCCGACGCAGCUUGAGGAGCCAGAGUUUAUGCACGGUAUGAAUUCUCCAGAAAUGGUGCCAAGUAACGGGGAGAAUGGGAAGGAUUCGUCGAUGAAAUCUCCUAAGGAAGAAAAGCCGUUGUCGACUUUGGUGGCGACGCCUAAGUCUGUGAGCAAGCUGAAGCAAAAACGGCGGCCGACGUCGCCUAGGCCGGUGACCCCGGUGGAGAAGGUUGUGGUCAAACCGGAGUAUCCUGGUUUCGCGCCCGAUACAGUCGUGCUGGCCAAAUGGGUGGACAAGCGUUACUAUUCGGGGAAAGUGCAGGAGAUCACUGAGCCGAAUAAGUACUUGAUCAAAUUCGAUGAUGGGCAGAGCAAGAUUCUACUGGACGACUUCAUAAUCUUCGGGGAUAUGAAGACGUUGCCUUUGCAAGGACAGUCUGUGUAUGCGAUGGUAGAUGAGGAGCAGAAUUAUGAACCUGGUCUGGUUUUGGGCGUGGAGGAAAACGAUAGCGGCACUGUUACAUACAAAUGCACGACUGAUGGGGAUACUCUAGUCAUGGUGACAGCUAGUGAGCUGUACCUAACGGAAGACCAAGCGCGGUCCCUGAAGGAGUCUGUUGCGCGGUCUCACUCGCCGUCUACCCCGUCUACGCCUCGCAACAGGCGACAUAACAGGGAGCUGGACUUGGAUAACAUUAUACAGUGGUCCCUUGCGGAAGACCAAGCGCGGUCGCUGAAGGAGUCUGUCGCGAGGUCUCACUCGCCUUCUACUCCGUCUACGCCUCGCAACAGGCGACAUAACAGGGAGCUGGACUUGGACAACAUUAUACAGUGGUCCCUUGUGGAAGACCAAGCGCGGUCGCUGAAGGAGUCUGUCGCGCGGUCUCAUUCCCCAUCUACCCCGUCUACGCCUCGCAACAGGCGACAUAACAGGGAGCUGGACUUGGACAAUAUUAUACAGGGUCCUCGCAGUGCCAGGAAUCGAGACAAGGGUGUGUCCAGCGCUAAGAAACGGGUGGCUUCGCCAAAGAGUCCUAAAGCUUCUACCUCAGGCGUGAAGAGUCAAGCCAAAAGCACGCCGGUCAGUCGCAAGCGUCUAGCCAGCGAGAGCAGUGAGAUAAGCGAAAGUAGCAACUCUGCACCGCCUGUAAGGCUUGAGGAGGUCGCUGGUGUUGAACCUGAAGUGCAACGCACGCCACGGAAGAUUGACGGGGUCAAAGCCGGGCCCGGCUUCAUAAAAGGAGCAGCCAAACAGAACAUCGGCAAGAAGAACUCAAAACUGACCAAGUUCGAGAACGACGAAGACACGAUCUCCCAACUCGGCCCGAUCCCGGCGGGCGACAACAAAAUGUUCGCCGGACUACACUUCUUGCUGACGUGCACUGAUACGCCUAGACGGACGAGGGAGAAGAGCCAAAGCCACUACUCAUCGGAGGAGGACGGCGAGACGGCGGGCGCCAGCGCCAGCGCCGAAGACGUGGUGUUCUGCGCGCGGCCCUUCCACAAGGAGCGCCUCAAGGAGCAGCUGGAGGCCGGCGGCGGCGUCGUCUACAGCCACUUCGACGAUGUGCCAAAGAACAAGUACUCCGUCUGCAAGCUCAUCUCACCUCGUCCUUGCCUCACCGCCAAGUACAUCCAGUGCCUCGCGGCUGACAUUCGAGCAGUGACCCACGGGUGGGUCAUCGAGAGCUGCAUCAAGAACCAACUGGUGGACGUCGAGGCGUAUCUGCUCCCGGCUGGGUGGUCCUUGCAGAAGCAGCAGCAUAUUGAUUGGUGUCUAGUAGGUGACAUUCGUGCUGUGACCCACGAGUGGGUCAUCGAGAGCUGCAUCAAGAAUCAACUGGUUGACGUGGAGGCGUAUCUACUCCCAGCUGGGUGGUCCUUGCAGAAGCAGCAGCAUAUUGAUUGGGUGACCCACGGGUGGGUCAUCGAGAGCUGCAUCAAGAACCAACUGGUGGACGUCGAGGCGUAUCUGCUCCCGGCUGGGUGGUCCUUGCAGAAGCAGCAGCAUAUUGAUUGGGCGCCGUCAUCAGGCAAGCGCAACACGUCUUUCUUCAAGGACAAGCUCAUAGUGCUGUGCAGCGACAACGACAGCACAUUCCUCAAAUUCUGGGACCGAGUGUGCACCCUUGCGGGAGCCAACACGCGAGUGGUCAACGAAGACGAUCUCAACAUGGCCGGAGCCCUGGCCCUGGUCACCGAGUGGGAUUGCCCGCAUGAAGUCCAGAACAAAGCCAACCAAGACAAUAUCCCACUCGUCUCCACACACUGGGUCAUCCAAUGCCUGGUCGAAGCCAAGGUAUUGGACCCCAACGGUCAUGCCAACUUCUCAUUUGCAUUUACGGAGCAAGAAUGAUCCUGGGACUUCAGAAAAUACCUCAUAAUACGUGAAUUUUGACACUUAGAGGUAGCGCAGUGACGCAUAGUGUUAAGUGCAGUGUUAAAGUGGAAGUGUAGUUAUAAGUGAUUUGGAAGCUGGGUUGAACUGGUCUGGUGUGUAGGUAAUAAAUAAGAUUGUAGCUAGUGUGAAAAUUGGCAACUAUAGUCAAAUGUUUGAGAGAGACUGUGAUUAAGGGACUGCUGAAAAUGGAAAGUUAGAAAAUAAAUCACAAAUAAAUUACAAUUAACAAGUACAUACUAUUACUAUCCGUGUAUAAACGUAAUGAUUCAUCUCUGUUUUCCAAUAUUUUCAUAGAUGUACUUUCUAUUUGUAAUGUCACUUGUGAUUCUCAUUGUGAUCUCCAAACUUAAUGUAUUACUGCAAAAAGUCCAUUUAAUAUGUUAAUCCUACAUAAAACUAGUAAUUUGGCAUAAAAUGUUGAAGAAAUACAAUAGAAGUAUAUGGAUUGUUAGAUCAAUGGUUCAACCCUAGUAAAAUUUGAAAAUCAUGAAAGACGUUUCGUCACUAAUAUAAAAUUAAUAUUAUUGACUAUGUACCUGAUACAACAGGUCCAUUCUAAAUGAUCUGCAGGUAUACUUAUAUCGUAGCUAAGUUAUAAUAAGUACAGUGUGAAUUUUCCCAAUGAUCUAUUCUUAUAUACUCUUAGUGUAAAGUUGUGCGAGCAACAAAUCUUGUAUCAAAGAAUUUGUCGAUGUUUAGGGUAAGCUAUAAUGAGUAUUACAGCUUGAUUCAUGUUAACUAUAAUAUAAAAAACUUGACGAGAAUGCAAUGAAACGUGGCUAAAUGUAGUGUUUACGAAAGUUGGAUAUAAUUAAAGUAUUUAACAUCUAAUGUUUAAUCUUACUAUUCCUACGGGGACUUUAUAUAGUCAUUUAUAAGCCCGAUUAUUUAGUGGGUAUUGAGUACUAUAAGUUGUCUUUAUAUGACCUGGUACAUUUGAUGUUGCUUAUGUGGGAUGUACCUAUGUUUCAGUGUACGAAGAUACUAGUAAAUGAUGAAGUCUUCGUCAAGGUGACAGUUGUAUUCAAAUAUUAAGUGUAUAUUCUUAGGUAGUCUAUACAGAGGCGAUUUAAUGAAAUCUUGUAUUACUUAAAACUUAAUAUCAGAUGCAGACUAACUUUUACUAUGGAACAAAAUCCACAGUUAUGCUAAAAAAAACAUUUACAAGAUUUGAAACUUGAUAAAUAUUGAUGUUACUUUCAUAAUUCAAGUUUUGAUGAUUAAUAGCUGAAGAUUAAGGACAUACAAGAUUUAAUAUUUUAUCCUAUGUGUUAAUAUUUAAGGAAAAUUGCUAAUUAAAGGUAGCGUAAUACCUUUUUGUGUGCAUUUAGGUAAUAGAUGCAAUUAGUUGUAAGAAGAAAAAGGUGAUUUGCCUUGAUAAUGUAAGAUAAAAUGAGGGUGAGAUGUGUGAUUACACAUAUUGUUUUAAAAUUCCGGAGGAUCUACUAAAAUGUGGAAACCUCAUCGAGCAAUGUACAAUUGACAUCAGUACAUCUUUCUAUG